GUUUCUUAAUCUUAAUUCCUUAACUGUCCUAUGUGUUCCUAACAACUUCAAACUGAUUAUUCCAACUAUCUAUCUGACUCCAUCUAACAAUUCCUCUCACCCUUUCACCACACAACUCGACCAACCCACAGACUUAACCUCCCUCUUCCUUCUUCAACUCCCAACUCUCAACUGACUUUCACACAACUCCCCCUCUAUCCCUAACUCUUCCUAUCAGUUUCCACUGGCCAAUCACAUCACACUCAUUUUAACCCUUUUCUUAUGACCCACCUAGGAGGCAAACGCCACCCUGCCCAAGUUGUUUGUUUGCUUAUUUUAAACAAACUUCUGAUUGUGUAUUACAAAAUGAGGCAAGGAGACCUAGCAGUGCAGUAUAAUUUUACUGUACAGAACAGAGAUGAAAAUGAGACCUGUUUUUCAACAAUAAAAGGUCCUAUCAAGGUGGGACUAAUUCAUUCCCAACUAGUCACAAACUGGAAAAGCAAAAUGAAUAGUGUACACAGACACUUAAAGGGGGGGGGUGAUUUCUUUCUCUAAUGAGCUAAUCAUGCCCAGGCUGGAUGGAUGAAUGAUGGCAUUUGGGGUACAGCCGAUGUAUAUUUAUUGAGAAGUCAGUGGUCCUCAUGCAUGCAUGUCUUUUGCAGCAUCUAUACGACGCCAUUGACAUCAAAAUGACAGUCCAUUUAAUCUGGGUUGACCCUUUCUGGAGGAAAUACGAUAAGGUUUUUAGUUUAAUCCACCCAGUUUGCCAUUUACCCUGUUGCAAUAUCUCAGUGACAUGUUUCCCAUUUAAGCCCCUAUCUGGACGCCACUCUUGCUUUUUGAGACAGAACUUUCAGCUCCUUUCAAGCCUCUGUUGAAGUCUACGUCUACUCUUCCCCGCUUGCCAUUAUUUCUGUCUCCCAUAGAGACAGCCAGAUAAUAACCCAUGAAAAGGGUCUACAAUUCCAUAACAGCUCCCUGUGAGUAGUAACAGAAUUGCAAGAAUACUUCGGACAAUGAGUAGCUAUAGAAACUUUGCCUGUCUCCCAUGCAUAAUCAGGGGGUAGAGAGACUAUUGGAGGUCAUGGAACAUAAUCUGAAGUACCACUUUAUGCUAUAUUUUAUUAGCUAUCUCAGCAAUCAUCCUUAUUGAUUGCCAUAAAUGGCUUUGUUUUGCAGCUAAAACUGCCAGGUGCGGAUCCUGCAAAGGCUGUGGCAUAUUCCAUGUUUCUGCGGGUUCCCCCUCCUGAAGACAGAAGAGACAAAAUAAGGCAACAAUUCUUGACAUCUAACUAGAUUUGUUUCAAUAUCAAUGCCAUCAAGCCACUGCGCCUGGAUUACCCUGCAUUCUUAUCUCCAGACUUGAAUGUUUCAGUGGCAAAGAUUCAUCUGGAGAAACCAAAACCUUCAGAGCACUACAAAAGCCUUCAGGAGGCUUUGCAUCAGCCACCCCGAGAAAGGCAAGGACGUAGGCAACAGGUUUUUUAAAAAACUGGAGAAACUGAAAACUGAAUAUCGGAAUCUAAAAACAUGGCAUGAAAAGGCAGAUUAUUUAGAUCAACUGAUCUUAAAAAAGGGACCAAAAGUAAAACCAGGCCAAACAAAGGUAUCUCGCUUCAAGGAAGCUGUUGGGAAAAUACAACGCCCUCAAGCAUCUACGGUUUAUACCUCCUCAGCUUCAGAGGUAAUGUCUCAUGAAAACAUAAGCUCAUUCCCCGGAGAAGACAUAAAGAAAUGGACAAGUCAAAUGUCUGCUCUCUCAUCACGACCUUCUGGACCUGUGCCAUCCCGCAGAAACUUAUUUUCAUCAGAACAGAUUCCUCAACCUGCUGAAAAAACCCCACCUGUCCCAGCACUGACUGUAACCCCUAACCCUAUGAGUUCUCCAGUAUCUUCAGAUGGAGAGAACAUGAAAGACGUGGUUGUAAGAGAACAAGUUCAUCCUGACUCUUCAGAUGGAGAGAAUAUGAAAGACAUAGUUGUAAGAGAAAGACUUCAUCCUGCGUCUGAAACCUCUCUGUCAAGUUCCGUUGGAAGCGCAGCAAAAACUUCUGAGGCUAGGGAUUCAGAAAGCCUUGCUUCUUUAGGUCCUGAGAGGAAAGUGAUAGAAGAGGAAAUACCUGUCAUAGUCAAAAAACCACCUAUUAAAGAAUAUCUGCCAGUACCAAUACAGGAAUCACAGCCUAAGUCUGAAGUUUCUGUGAGUGUCUCACCUCAGUUUGUGGCACCUCCUAGACCAUCAGAUUCAGUUGUUGAACCAGUACAGCAAUUGCCUUGGAAAUCUAUGUUCCAGGAAGCGGUUUUUAGUGGAAACAAGUUUGAACCAUUCUUGAGAAGUGUCAGUAAAGUACAGCCUCCGCCACCUAUUUUUGGCAAAGGAGAUGUCGGUCCUUUAGAAAAAAUGUACCCCUCUGAUGCUAACAAAGAACGAGAAGACCAAGAUCCACCUGAUGGGAUGUCAUUGACAAAAGUGGCGAGUAGUUUGGACACUAAAUUAAUCAAGAGCAGUGGGGAGCUUUCUAUACUAAGGCUUAUAGAAAGAAAAAUGGAUUUAGAAGAGGAGGAUCAAAAACGUGGCAUGCAGGAUGAAAAGGCCUCGGAACCACUCGCUGUCACAUCGGGUUCUUCUGAAAAGACACUAGAAGAUAAACUAGCAGAACAAGCAGAAAUAAAACAGGUUGAGAUUUCCUUUGAGAAGUCUCUUGAAGAUGUGCUUGCUGAAAAACUUGUAAAAGUCGUAGCAGUGUCGUCGAUUUUAAGCAAAAACCUUGAAAACAUAGUUGCGGAGGGACUCUCAGAAGCAAAGCUGUCUGAAACGCUGGAGGAUAGCAGUUUGCCAGGGGAUAAUAAAUGUCUACCUGAGGAAAGAAAGAUGUCUGGAGAGAAGGUUGCAGAACCAGAUGUAACAAAGCUGGCAGCUGCUGUAAGUCAAAAUUUGCAGGCUCAUCUUAUAGACAAAUUGUGUGAAGAGGGGAUAAUCACAGAUACAGAUCUACCUGAAAAAGACCAGAUAGUUUCUUUUCCAAUUACUGCUGAUUUGCUCAAGAGGAGGAAAAGCUUAUCCAGGGAAAGCAUGUCACAAACUGAAAUAACAACACUAAAAUCACUAAGUGAGCAUCCAUCAAGAACCACUAUCAAAGCUGAAUCCGUACAGCAUAGUAAAGAAAGUAGUAAGGAAACUAUUAAAGAAAGUAGUAAAGAAAGCGAGUUAGUAGUUACAGGGACAGGUUUAUCUGAAAGCAAAAUAGAUGGCGAUAGAGAGGCUACUUCAUAUCCUAAAACUGACAGUAGUUCAGUUGAACAAACAAAUGCAAAGACAGACUUAAGAAAAGAACCCUCUAAACAGUCACUGGAAAUCAUUAGAGUAAUGUUACCUGUGAACACAGACACAGAUAACAUUAAGCAGCGACUUUCCAUUCAUGAUGCUCUCCUAGAAAAAAUUUUAAAAGCAGAAAUAAGAAGUUUGAAAUCACUUUUAAGCAAAGAACACCGAGAUCACUUUAAAGAUCAACUUUCAGCAGCUGGAUUAAAGGGAGAAGACUUGAAAACAGUGUGCCGGAAGUUGUCCUUGGCUGUGAAAGGGGAUGACAGUGUUACACCAGAGAAGGCUGCACUGCAAGAAUGGCAGGAUUCCUCUAGUGAGGGCCUUGCUAAAGAGACAUUGGCGGUAAAUGAAAGUAUUCAAAAUCUCUUUGAAGUGCUUUCAGAAAACGAAAUUGCCAACCUAAAGAAUGCAUUGAACAAAAAGAUUCAAGACCAUCUUUCAGACAGACUUUCAAAAAUAGGAAUGAUCACAGAGAGUGAGUUAAAGAGAAUACUUGGAAACUUGUUUCCAGUAGUGGAAAAACUAGCAAAGAGUGAUGAAGGCUCAGACGAGCAAAGUACACAACUAGAUACUCAAAGCCUGCAUGACAGGUUUUCGGAGGAAGAACUACAAAAUCUAAAGUCUCUCUUGAGCAGACUUCUAAACGAAGGCCACCGAGAGAAACUUUCAGAUUCAGAAGUACAAGGUUUAACAUCAGUUUUAGAGAAAAGCUUUGAGGAUCUUCCCAUACAAAACAGUUCUGAAACUGGGAUAAGCCAAGAAGUUGAGAUAAAGGAUGAAUGCCGUACAAUAUCUCUGCCAGAUGUUGAGGAAAGUCAGAGAGUUAGUAAGACAGAUGUAUCUGAGAGAGGAAAAGUUCCUUCAAAGGAAAGUCUUCAUAAAAUUUCAACAGCGGGUGAAAAACACAAAAUAGAAAGAGAAGCUGUAGACCUUUCUGUAACAAGUCUUUUGGAAGUAGAAACAAGGAGCCAAGAAACUCAGACGAUGGGUCAGCCCAAAAAAGUGAAACAUAAAAAAGAAAGUCACAGGUUGCCGAAGUACAGUGAUAAUCUGACCAUACCAAAUAUAACGAGAACAACAUUCGAUGUAGGAUUAAAAAGCAGGUCACCUGAGGAAACUUCGAAGAGAAUCUCUGAACCAUUUGCCACAUCUUUUUUGAGUGCGCGUGAUAUUGGCAUCCAAAGUGAAGCGAAAAAUUAUUUCUGCCACAAGCCCCCCAGUUUUAUUUCCAAGCCUCCCUUUCCGGUGAACCCUCAGACAUUUCUCUUUUUGCAUUCAGAAUCUGAGGAAGAUGCAAAGCCAGCGGUUAAACACCACCAGAAGGCAAAAAGGAAGAAAUCUGACAUAAAGAAGGAUAGUGGGUCACACCAGCAAGCAUCAAUAAGUACACAAACCAGGAGAGAAAGGGUGCCUACUGGAAGCACCUCUAAGGAGAUUUUAAAAGAAAAAUCCAAAAGGCACCCAUCAGUUUCUCCAAAAUUGAGCGCCACCGAAAACAGGAAGGAUUCCAAAGCAACAGCAUCCCCCAGCGGUACACGAAGGGAAAGCUUGAAGCAGAAAUCUGAGAAGAAGCGAGAUACGGAGGUUAAGCCCAAAAAAUCACUCACCAAGACUGCUGUCCUGUCUGAUCCACAGCUACAAAACCAUUCCAAAAAUAUUUCGGAAAAAUCAUCCACAACUAAAAUACAAGCUCCUGGGCGUACAAAAGGAAGCACAUUGAACAUUGCGGGCCCAGAUGAUAUCGACAUGGAAGCUUACAGGCAUCUUGAAAAAGCCGUAGAAAGAGCUCUUCUUGAUUUAGGAAGAGUCCCAGAAGGCAGCUCCAGCCAGGGAAGGCCAACUCCUGCUCCAAGUUCUACGACUCUCAUAAACAAAGAUUCACCCAGAUCCUAUCUCUCUGCUGUCGAGACGCCAAGAAAUCAAGCGGGUUCAAUAACGGAGAUGCUUAACAAUCAAGAACAGAUCUUAAAAAUGACACCCGAUCAACUGGAGGUUGUACUUAGGAUUCUCCAAAAUAUAUUGAGGCAGAACGCAAGACCCCCAAAUAAUGGAUGAAUGGAAACAAGCUCUGUGUAAACCAGCUACGUAUGUAUGUUCUUACUUUCCCCCAGCUAUUAUGAAAAAUAAAACCCUCUUUGUAUAUACA